AUGGGAAAAUCACUUUCUCACCUGCCUAUGCAUACAUGCAAGGAAGAUGGUUAUGAUGGAGGCACGGUGUCUGAUAAUAUGAGGAAUGGGUUAGUACACUCGGAGUCGCACAAUGAAGAUGGGAGAUGUGGAGAUGUAUCGCAGUUUCCUUACGUGGAAUUUACAGGAAGAGACAGUGUCACCUGCCCGACUUGCCAGGGAACAGGAAGAAUUCCACGAGGGCAGGAAAAUCAGCUGGUAGCGUUAAUUCCAUACAGUGAUCAGAGACUGAGGCCAAGAAGAACAAAGCUCUAUGUGACUGCUUCUGUAAUUGUAUGUUUACUACUUUCCGGGCUGGCUGUAUUCUUCUUGUUUCCUCGCUCAAUCGACGUUGAAUACAUCGGUGUGAAAUCAGUAUAUGUCACUUACGAACAGGGUAGACGUAUAAUAUAUCUAAAUAUUACGAACACACUAAAUAUAACGAACAACAACUAUUACUCUGUUGAAGUGGCAAAUAUCACAGCCCAAGUUCAGUUUUCAAAAACAGUUAUUGGCAAAGCACGGCUAAACAACAUCACCAACAUUGGUCCUCUGGAUAUGAAACAGAUUGACUAUAUGGUGCCCACAGUCAUACAAGAUGAAAUGAGCUACAUGUUUGACUUCUGUACUUUAGAAUCUAUCAAAGUGCAUAACAUAGUAGUGAUGAUGCAAGUGACAGUGACAACCUCUUACUUUGGCCACUCUGAGCAAAUAUCCCAGGAGAGAUACCAGUAUGUGGACUGUGGAGGAAACACAACCUACCAGCUGGGCCAGUCAGAAUAUUUAAAUGUACUUCAGCCUCCGCAAUAAAAGCACCUGUUGGUUAGUGUGGAAUAACUGCUGUUGAUGCUUGCAGAGAUCCUUUGAAUAGGACUGGUACUACAUGAAGGGGAGAGUAUGUGUGUGUAAAGCAUAAUGAACAUGGUGACCUGUUCACUUUAGAUGCAAGGAGGGAAAAGGUGCAAAAUGUAUAUAGAUGCACUUGUUAAAUGUUGUGUUUUCCCCUUCCGUUUGCUUUUUAUUACUGUAAGCACUCUGUCAAGUUGUGUGGUGGGAGGGAGAGGGGGAAUAUCAGAUUCUUGAACUGAAUUGGGACCUUUCUUUACAGUGUGGUACAUCAACUUAGAGUUACCGUGUGUAUGUCUGUGUUUAGGUGAAACGUGUCACUAAUGAGCAUUUUAGAAAUAUUGGUACUCGUAAACUUUAAGUUUAUACUUCAGUUCUCGGUAUUUGACUAUUGAAACUGGCAGUAUUACUACUGAAGUAACAAGAUUACUUUGAGGUAUCUGGGUGUGAAACUUCUAUUAGUAAACCAGUG